AGGACAUAAAGCCUAAAAUCCUAAAAUCUAAUCCUAGACAGUGUUGUCAUCCACUUAUCGCAUUGCAGUUAAGCAAAAAAAGACUCACCGGAUUCCAAUUUGCAACCCUGAAAAACCCUAAAAAAACUCACUCAGCAGCGACUUCGUCUUCUCACAUCGCAGCCUUCCCUCUCCGGUGCGUCUCUUUCUCGGCAACGGAAGAUGUCUCUCUUUCUUCUCAGCAGCGACUGCGAGGACUAGAUCACCGUAGCUCUCAUCAACGAUUCCCUCCCUCUCGCUCAUCGCCGGAGUCGAUCUCCACCACCUCUUCUCUCCAUUUCCCUCUUCUCUGUUUUUCCCCUCAUCCACGAUUGAUACGCCCUCCCUCAUGAAUGUCCACCGAGUAUUGAAUCAUUGUUUGAAAUCAUUACCAAGGAUUUAGUAUUUGCUUCUGUUUCAGCAAUUUGGGUAAUCCUCCAAGGUCCAAACAGGAAACAUCAAUGGCUUCUUCUUCGUCUUCUUCAUUGAGCAACUACGAUAUUCCAUGGGUAGAGAAAUACAGACCCAACAAGGUUGUGGACAUUGUCGGCAAUGAAGAUGCUGUCUCUAGGCUUCAGGUCAUUGCUCGCGAUGGAAAUAUGCCCAACAUCAUAUUAUCAGGUCCUCCUGGAACUGGUAAAACCACUAGUAUACUUGCUCUAGCACAUGAACUGUUGGGACCAAAUUAUAGAGAGGGCGUACUAGAGCUAAAUGCUUCAGAUGAUAGAGGCAUAGAUGUUGUGAGGAACAAAAUUAAAAUGUUUGCACAGAAAAAAGUAACACUUCCUCCUGGGCGGCACAAGGUAGUUAUAUUGGAUGAAGCUGACAGCAUGACAUCUGGAGCACAACAAGCUUUGAGGCGGACAAUGGAAAUUUAUUCUAACUCCACCCGAUUUGCUCUUGCGUGCAAUACUUCUUCCAAAAUUAUUGAGCCGAUUCAGAGUAGAUGUGCCCUUGUUCGGUUUUCAAGAUUAUCUGAUCAACAGAUACUUGGUCGUCUGAUGGUGGUUGUUGAAGCAGAAAAGGUUCCUUAUGUUCCGGAAGGUCUUGAAGCCAUUAUUUUCACUGCUGAUGGUGACAUGAGGCAGGCACUGAAUAACUUGCAAGCAACACACAGCGGUUUCCGGUUUGUCAACCAAGAAAAUGUUUUCAAGGUUUGUGACCAGCCACAUCCAUUGCAUGUGAAGAAUAUUGUGCGUAAUGUUCUUGAAGGGAAAUUUGAUGAUGCCUGCUUUGGUCUCAAGCAGUUAUAUGAUCUGGGUUAUUCUCCCACUGACAUUAUCACUACGAUUUUUCGUAUCAUUAAGAACUAUGAUAUGGCUGAGUAUUUAAAAUUGGAAUUCAUGAAGGAAAGCGGGUUCGCUCAUAUGAGAAUCUGCGAUGGAGUUGGUUCAUAUCUUCAGUUAAGUGGUCUUCUUGCAAAGCUUUCUAUGGCUCGUGAAACAGCAAGAGCUCCUUAGCACAACUCCAUUUUGGAGCUUCCUCUCUCUUAAUGGUGAAGAUGGUUAAUGUAAACAUUAGAUUUUUUUUCUGUUCAGAUAGAUUGUUUAGUUAGAGAAUCUUAAUGCUUACUAUUUUGAUGGAAGUUUAUGGAGAAUUGUACUACGUUUAGGCAUGAAAUUUUUAUCUCUUUUAUUGUUGGAUGAAGUUUGUGUGAACUAUGAGCUUCACUUCUAUAAUGGAAGUUUUAUAGUACGGUUUUGUUGUUGA